AUGGGCCAGAGUUGCAGUUGGAUGCACUGCUCUUGUUGGGAAAACUGUGCCUGUUGUCAGUAUGACUCGGCGAUUUGUGGACCUCGAUAUGCACGGUAUCAAAGCGACGAUAUUGAUGUUGACAUGGAAAACGUUAUGGGCGAUCUUCUCGAACUUGAUCCCUUGCAGUACGACAAGGAAAGUGGAACAGAAAAGAUCAACACGUGGAUCGAUGGAACUGUUCCUCAAAUUGGAUUGCCACCGAGUUUUGUCGCUAUCAGCCGUGCUAAGUGCAUCAAAUAUUGGCAAGUGUUACAGACUAAGCCCACCGCUAAACUGAGCGGUUCUUUUGUGCGGUUUUGCUUCGAGAAACGUCCAAACGGAGAGCUACCUAGAUUGCUUAUAGAACACAAGGGAAAAUCGGUCAUUGUCAGAAGUCCUCAGGAUCGAAUCAAACUCAAAUCCAACGAGCCCGAGGUACAUGUUUGA